AUGAUCGUGAGCGUAGCUGGUGCUCUUGUUCUUACUAGCCUCCUGCUGUCAUCGGCCAUCGGCCGGCCCUCUCACCUCCUGUCCAAUGUCAGUCGUGUCGAUGACAGCACCGACUGUCAGCAUCUCCCACUGAGCUUCUCGCCGUCCGAGACAGCUUCCACGGUGAUCUUCUGCGUCGACAAGAAUGGCUGCUGCAACUUCACCACAGUGCAGGCAGCUGUGGAUGCUGUUCCCGACAACGGCCAGAAGAGGAGCAUCGUGUGGAUCAUCGGCAUCUUCGUUGAGAAGGUCGUCGUCAGGAAACCCAACAUCACGUUUCAAGGCCAAGGCCUGAAGGUGAGCAUGAUCGUGUGGAACGACACUGCUACGACUGCAGGCAACACGCCCAACAGCGCAUCUGUCCACAUCGAUGCACCUGGCUUCGUGGCGAAAAACAUGAGCUUCAUGAAUUCAGCACCUGCUCCAAAACCUGGAGCUGAAGGUGCACAGGCUGUUGCAAUGCGGGUGAGCGGUGACCGAGCCGCUUUCUGGGGCUGCGGCUUCUUUGGAGCCCAGGACACACUGCACGAUGAUCAGAACAGGCACUAUUUCAAAGAGUGUCUUAUCCAAGGAAGCAUCGAUUUCAUCUUUGGUGAUGCAAGGUCCCUGCACGAGAACUGCACACUUCACAGCGUGGCGCAAGAAUUGCCCCAAGGGCAGCGCUCCAUCAACGGCGCGAUCACUGCACAAGGCCGGCGUUUCGCCGACAACAACACCGGCUUCUCCUUCGUUGGGUGCACGAUCGGAGGAAGCGGCUGGAUCCUACUCGGCAGGGCAUGGCAGGCGUAUUCGCGUGUCAUCUUCGCGUACACCUACAUGCCGGCGGCCAUCGUAGCCACAGCAGGGGACAACUGGGGAGAUCCCCAGAGAAACAACACGGUGUUUUACGGUGAGUUCGACUGCACCGGAGAUGGAGCCAACAUGGCCGGCAGGGUCUCUUACGCCCGGAAGUUGAACAAGAUGCAAGCUCAGCCAUUUCUGACGACGGCGUUCAUCGAUGGUCCUGAAUGGCUUAAGCCAUUCAAUGACAGCCUAAUGUGA